UAUUAUCUUUCAAAGUAUGGGUUCAUUUGUAUUAGAGUUAUUUAGGUUUGAAGCUGUGAUUAGGUCUGAAACAGUAGGCUAGUAUAAAUUUUCACCAGAACAAUCUUAAAUUCCAUGAUAGGGACACUGUUUUUAUUUGAUGAUUACAAUUAAGAAUUUCUAGUUAGUUUUGGAUUGAUUCAGUAGAGAUUCAGGGGCUUCUAAACAAGGAUUUGGAAAUUAUGUACAAUAUUGUUAAUCAAUGUAUAGGUAGAAAACUUCAGAUGGAACUGUAAUCGUAGUUUAGUGGUUUAGAAUUGGGUAAUUCAACAAUUCAUUUAGCUUUGUAUUGAAUCAAUAGGUCGGGGAUUGCAGGGGUGGACUGAAGUAUUUAGGAUUCCAUUUCAAAGACAAGUUUAAACAGAAUUUCUAGAACUCGUUAUUAAGUAGUCUUGUUAUUCUUAACUGGUGAACUUCUGGAUGUGCACAUUACUUUAAGUGGGUGUUCUUUGUAUUGAUGUGUGUUGUGAAGUAUGCAUUGGUUGGUUAUUCCGUGAGGAGUGUCUGUGGUUUUCCCCAUAGCUUCUUGCUAAGCUGAGUAGGGCGGUAUGCCAUUCGUCGGCAAUAAUUAUUAGUAGGGCGGUACGCCAUCUGUCGGUAAUAAUACGUAUCAUUGAUAAUAUAGUAGGGAGGUAUGCCAUCCGUCGGAAAUAAUAACUAGUAGGGCGGUAAGCCACCCGAUUACGAUAUUAUAUAUACUAGUUUAUUUAGGAGAUCCAACCGUGUGCAUACUUCAUUUGUGUGUUUAUUUUCCAUAAUACCAGACUCAUGGCUUGGUUGUUCUUCAUGAGGAUGGACUGUUUGCUGAGAUAAUGUUAGAAUACCAUACUGUUAUUUUUCACAAUUGUGUUAUCUUUCUUCUUGACUUGAUGCCAGGCGUUACUUAUUUUUCAGUCCAUUACGUAAAUUACCAUUGGGCCAUGCUCAUUAUUUUCCUCUCAGUGCCAGGUGAAACUUCUAUAGCAGGAGAAGAGGAAGGACAAGGUGACUUCUACAUUUGUCUUGAAACAUAUAUUCUUGUUGAGACAGAUAAUGGAAAGGGAUGGUAUUUUUCCAGUUCGGGUCGAGGGAAUAAGGACAUUGUUGACAUGGAGACUGAUAUGAAACAAAUGGAAGAACUCUCUAAGAUAAUGGAAGAGAUAACUGCUGAGGCUAGAGAUAUUUUUACAAGGAAAGGAUGGCGCAGGGUAGCAGCACCUCCAGUUCCACCAGUAGCUCCUCAGAAUACAAGUGAGCCGCAGAAUAUACCUCAUGGGAGUACUUCAAAAAGUAAUGCUCAUGAUCAUGAUAAUGACUUAUUGACAAGGUUUCUCAAACUUGCACCACAUGAAUUUUCUGGGACAUCACCUGAUCCGGAAACCGCAGAGAAUUGGGAACGAAAUGCCGAAUGUAUUUUAAAACGAGUUGGGGGUACUACUUUUGAUUGGGUAAAUAUAGCAACUUUUAAACUACAAGGCGCGACACGAGAUUGGUGGGAAUCUGCUGAGCUUACUGAGUCCGAACCAAUCAGUUGGAAGAGAUUCAAAGAGUUGUUUUUCAGGAGUUUGUUACUGAUGUAUCGAGGGAUCGAAAACGUUCAGAGUUUAUGAGCAUAGAACAUGGGGAGAUGUCUCUUGUUGAAUUUUCAAAUAAGUACAGAAGGUUAUCUCGUUAUGCUCCAGAGGUGGCAUCUAAUGAUGAGGUGAAUGCUAGACAAUUUUUACGCGCAUUAAAGCCACAAAUUAGCAAAAGACUUGCGGGUUUUCAAAUCAAGACAUUUCAAGAGGCGUUAAGUAGAGGUUUUAGCAUCGAAAGAGAGGAAGAAAGCCGGAUUGCAUAACAAGAAAGAAGGUCAGAGCCUCAAAAAUUGCAAGAACUUCAAGACUCAUACAAACGACAAAUGACAUCCAUGCCAAGUCAGACAGUUUUCAGGCCAUCUGGACAACCCUGGGAAAUGGGUUCAGCAUCUCGACUUGUUCCGUCGUCAUCUGUUCAGUCAAGACCAAGUUUUGUGAGACCGAAUACCAUUAGACCACAAGGUCAAACCUUUCGACCGCAAGGGAGAUUUGUUCGUUUUCAACAAGUGCAUCCUCCAGGGCCCAUAAAACCCAGUGAGAUAAUGUGUUAUUUUUGUAAAUAACCUGUACAUACGAGGAGGAAUUUCCCACAACUACAACGUGCAGAUUCGUCCUCACAACAAGGCAUGGUUUAUUCAGUGGUUCAAGAAAGCGUGCCUACGGAAAAAGUAUCACAGGAGGGAGAAAUAACGAUCGCUGUAAUGCAAGGGGAUGGUUCAGCAACUGAUCAAGUGGUGGAAGGUAAAAUACCUCUAUUCCAUCACUUAGUCCGUGUUUUGUUUGAUACUGGUUCUACACUCUCCUUCGUUCACCCUGCCAUUGUGAAAGAACUUGAAUUAGAUGUGACAGAUAUUGGUAAAAGGUUGUCAUUAGCUUCACCUUUAGGGAGUAAAACAUUUCCUUUGCAAGUUUGCAGGUCUUGUAUGGUAAUAGUUGAUAACCAAGAACUAAUUGCAGAUUUGGUAGUA